AUGGUAGAGGAAGACAGAAAGCUGGCACACAAAGAAUCUCCUGCUACACCAGAAAAUAGUGUGGAUAGUUCAGUUCAAGUGAAGAGAAAACGAGGAAGGCCAAAAAAGUCUGCUCAAACUAAUGAAGAGGAAACUGACAACCCAAUGACAGCAAUACAAAGUAAAACACAUAUCAAAGCUGAAACAGACAAUACUGAAAAGACAGAUGUUGAUGGAGCAUCAAAUAAAACCAAGAUAAAAUAUGGUCAGAAAAUGUCAAUGAAAGAAUCCAGUACAUCAGAUCUUGCUAGUUUUGAGGGAAAGGAAACAAGUCAUUACCCAGAUACUGGGAUUGCAAAUGGUUCUGAAAAGAAAGAGAAACGGAGAGAGGUUCAUGUAAAUUACAAAAGCUGCUCAGAUGAUGAAGGUGGAGGUUUGGUUAUUGAUGAGGGCGAAGAUGAUGCUGCUGAGAAAAAUGAAAAACUUCAGAACGCAGAUUUAAAAAAACCUGUGAGGAAAAGGUCAAAAACUGGAGACAUUACUGAGACUGAUGAAGAUGAUAGCCUUGAUAAGGAGCUUAACAGUCCCAAAAGAAAGGGCAUUCCAAAGAUUACAGACAGUGAUGAAGAUGUCCAAGAUAAUCCUAUUAUCAAGUCAUCUUCUGCAAGUAAAUGUGUUCAGGGAAAACAGCUGAAAAGAAAAUCUGCAGAUUCAAAAUUGGCAAAAGAUGAAGAGGCAGAGAAGAUUAAAGCAAUGGCAGAUGCAAUGAAAAGAAAAUUGAAGAAAGGAAGUUGGAAUCUGAAUCUAAAAAAGCCAAAACUGUGUCUCAGGUUUGUUCAGUUUGGAGUGGACAGUAUUCUUCAGUCCUCAGAAUUUCGACCAAGGGCUGAUGCGCUUAAGGGAUCUGUUAUUGGUCGUGUGAAUGCUUUCAACUCGGAGAUUAUGAAGAUUGAGGCUGUGCAGUUUCAGGACCUUGUACCCCCUGAGUCCCUGUUCUGUCCUAAACAAGCAUUUGCGGACCUAGACAUGAUUCUGCAACAAAUCAAAAGCCUGAGUGUUGGACAGUACCUUGUUAGGAACAACCCGAAGAAAGAAACAAUGAACAUCAUGAAAGCUGUUACUGAACCAGACAGUAUGUGUUAUGACCUUCACCUUGCACACACGACCUUGAUGAUGUCCAAGGUCAACAAGCCGCCAGUGAUUCAGUGGUUGCCGAUAGAUACAAGGCACCUUCUGCCCCAUCACAAGAAGUUGAACCUCAUACCUUGCACAUUCCCCCCACCUGGUGAGUAUUGUGAGGUGACCUUUGGGGGUUAA